AAACCCCACAAAGAAAAAACUUGCAAUUCCUAUUCUUUUGAAUUCUCCACAAUUGUGUUUUAGUAGAGAUUAAAAUUAUCAAACAGAAUUAAAGAGCUCUAUUUAACUAUGGAAUAAGUUGUAAGUGCAAGAAGCAUAUGCAUAGUUCAUAACUAACUAUGGGUUUACGAAGAAUAAUAACACUUGUUUUCACAUUCCUCAUUUUCGCAAAUUUCUUAGCCUCGGUCCAAUCAGUCUGCAUAAACAACGGCAACUACACCGUUAACAGUACGUACGCCUCCAACCUCGACGCCGUCCUUUCCUCUCUCUACGCAAACAUCACCAGCGACGGUUUCCACAACGCCUCCGUCGGUCAAAAUCCAGAUAGAGCCAACGCCGCCGUGCUCUGCCGGGGCGACGUCGACCUCGACGAGUGCCGCCGAUGCCUCCGAGAUAUCACCACCAAACUUCUCCAAUCGUGCCCUAAUCAGAAGCAGGCCGUUGACUGGGCCGACGAGUGCAUGCUACGGUACUCGAACGAGUCGAUGUUCGGAAUUCUCCAGACAGUCCCCGGCUUCUGGAUGCGGAAUCCGAACAACGCGACGAGUCCCGCCCAGUUUAAGGAAGAUCUGAGAACGCUCAUCGACGAUCUGCGAACCAAGGCCGUUGGCGGCGGCGGUAUGAGGAAGUUCGCCGCCGGGAAUGCCACGGCGCCUGAUUUUCAGGACAUUUAUUCGCUGCUUCAAUGCACCCCGGAUUUGUCGCCGGAGGAUUGUAACAAUUGCUUAACUGGCGCUGCUGCAGAUAUACCCGGAUGCUGUGACAAUAAGAGAGGGGGCAGAGUUCUCCUGCCAAGCUGCAAUCUUCGUUUUGAGAUUUACCCCUUCUUUAAUCAAACUAGGCUUCAACAACUAGAGCCUGCGCCGGUGCCGGUGCCGGUGCCGGUGCCGACACCCGAGCCUCCAGUACAGUCACCACCAGGAAAGAAUGAUGACAAUUCAUCAAAUCGAACCGGUAUUAUUGUUGCGGUUUCAAUUGUUGCAUGUGUGAUAAUAAUAGCUGCUUUAUUUGGCAUGUGUUUAAGAAACAGGAUGAGACGUAAACCAAAGGAAAAUCCUCAGAUUGAAGCUGUAGACGAGACUACUACAGUUGAAUCUCUGCAAUAUGAUUUUAGCACGUUGAAAACAGCAACAAAUGACUUCUCUGAUGAUAACAAGUUGGGGCAAGGUGGAUUUGGAGCUGUUUAUAAGGGAAAACUUCCAAACAAUAAAGAAAUAGCGGUGAAAAGAUUGUCUAGGAAUUCAGGACAGGGUGAUGUAGAAUUUAAGAAUGAGGUCUUAUUACUUGCUAAACUUCAACACCGGAAUCUUGUCAAACUAUUGGGUUUCUCUAUACAAGGAAACGAAAAGCUCAUCGUGUAUGAAUUUGUUCAUAAUGGAAGCCUUGAUCACUUUAUGUUAGACACAACAAAGCGUUUGUGUUUGGAUUGGGAUAGACGGUAUAAAAUCAUAAAGGGUAUUGCCAGGGGACUUUUAUACUUGCAUGAAGAUUCUCAGCUUAGGAUUAUUCACCGAGAUCUCAAACCUGGUAAUAUACUCUUAGAUAGAGAGAUGAAUCCCAAAAUUGCAGAUUUUGGGUUGGCGAGGUUAUUUGGACAAGACGAAACUCAAGGAAAUACAAACAUGAUUGCUGGAACUUAUGGAUUUAUGGCACCAGAAUACGCAGUUUGCGGGCAUUUUUCUGUUAAAUCUGACGUGUACAGCUUCGGAGUACUACUCUUGGAGAUCAUCAGCGGACGAAAAAUCAACAGUUUUCGAGAUGAAGAGGAUAUUGUAGAGGACCUCUUGAUUAUCGCGUGGAGAAAUUGGCGGGAAGGAACGAGUCGAAAUAUGGUGGACCCCUUGUUGUUGGGGUCCGGUUCAGGUUCGAUGAGCGACAUAUUGAGAUGCAUUCACAUUGGUUUAUUGUGUGUUCAACAAAAGGCAGCCGAUAGGCCAACCAUGGCUUCAGUUAUUAUUAUGCUUAGUAGUGUUUCCAUGUCUAUGGCGGUGCCUUCCGAGCCUUCGUUGUAUAUGGUCAGCGAUUAUGAGUCGGAGUACAGCUCGAGAGACCAUGAUCGGUACAACACCAACAACAACCAUAAUAUCAAUAGCAAUCAACCGAAGAUUAAUUAUGGUGAUACACCAAUCGUUGAAUCUGACGACUCGUCCAAAAAUGAUGUAUCAAUCACUGAGUUUUAUCCUCGAUUUCUUCAUCAUCGUUUCUUAUUCUCCCCCCCCAAAAAAAAAAAAAUAGAAGACAGAAAACAGAAAUCAUUUCCAGUUAUGAGUUUUAAGAGCUGGAAAAUAACGUUGUCUAAAAUUCUGCUACUCGUGUUUUUUAUUACAAAAAUAGCCUUUGUCGGAGCCCAGGAUCAACCUCCGUACGUUUGUCUAAACAACGGAAAUUACACAGUUAACAGCACAUACAGCACGAAUCUCAACACCCUACUCUCAUCUCUCUCCUCAAACAUCGCCGACAAUGGAUUCUACAACGCCUCUGUCGGGCGGAACCCAGACACGGCCAACGCCCUUGUCCUCUGCAGAACCGACAGAACCCUCGACCAGUGCCGCACGUGCGUACAAAACGCCGCCGUUGGGGUAUUGGAGGUGUGCCCUAAUCGGAGGCAGGCUGUUAUAUGGUACGAAUUCUGCAUGCUGCGCUACUCAAACGAGCCCAUAUUUCGAACUCCGACUUUCGAUCCAGGACUUAUCCUGCGUAACACUGCAGACGUAUCGAGUUCCGUCGUCGAUCAGUUUAGGGAGAACCGGACGAGACUGGUGGCAGAUCUUCGGGUUCGGGCGGCUAACGGCAGCUCAGCCGUGAAGGGUGGUGCAGGGAGUAGGAAUACAUCGAAUUCCGAAACGCUUCAUAUGCUGGUUCAGUGCACCCCGGAUUUGUCAUCGGAGGAUUGUAAUGAUUGCUUGAACCGGGCGGCUCAACCUAUCGGAAGUUCUAGUGCGAGAGGAAUGAGACUGCUGUUUCCCAGCUGCAAUAUUCGGUAUGAGCUUUACUCCUUCUACAAUGAAACCAGGCUCCGCCAAAUCCAGGCACUAUUGCCGCCGCCGCCGCCGUCACCACCUUCUCCACCGGCAGGAACGAAUAACGAUACCACAGGAGGAAACGGAACGAAUAACGACAGUACAAGAGGAAAGAAAGAUGAUAACACAACUAAAAUUGUUAUCAGCAUUGUCGUUCCAGUUGUCGUGUGUUUAAUCGUGGCUGCUUUUGCUGUAAUCUGCGUGAGAAAGAGAAUGAAAAGGAGGGCACGACAGAGAAUCCCCUCCGAUGAUGUAGAAGAUAACGGUGAUAUUAGCACCGUUGAAUCACUCCAACACGACUUUGGCAAAAUUAGAGACGCAACCAAUGAUUUCGACGAUGCUAACAAGCUCGGGCAAGGUGGAUUUGGAGCUGUUUAUAUGGGAAGACUUCGAAACGGUGAAGAAAUAGCUGUUAAAAGAUUGUCUAAAGAUUCAGGGCAAGGCAAUGUGGAGUUCAAGAACGAGGUGUUGUUACUUGCUAAGCUUCAACAUAGGAAUUUGGUCAGACUAUUGGGUUUCUCUAUCGAAGGAACCGAAAGGCUUCUAAUAUACGAAUACGUCGAGAAUGCCAGUUUAGACCAGUUCAUUUUUGACCCGGUCAAACGUUCGAUCUUGGAUUGGGAUAAACGCUACAAGAUUAUAGGGGGUAUAGCAAGGGGGCUUGUGUACUUGCACGAAGACUCUCGACUCAGGAUUAUUCACCGUGAUCUAAAAGCCAGUAAUAUACUCUUGGAUGGGGAGAUGAACCCUAAAAUCGCAGAUUUUGGCAUGGCGAGAUUGUUUGGACAAGAUGAAACUCAGGGAAACACAAGCAAGAUUGUCGGAACUUAUGGAUAUAUGUCGCCUGAAUAUGCAAUGCAUGGGCAUUUCUCCGUUAAGUCAGAUGUGUUUAGCUUCGGAGUUUUAGUCCUGGAAAUAAUGAGCGGUCAGAAAAAUAAUUCUAUCAGAAAUGGGGACAAUGUGGAGGAUCUCUUGACUUUUACGUGGAAGAAUUGGAGGGAAGGAACAGCGGAGAAUAUUAUAGACCCUGUCCUGAGAACAGCUGGCACGGGCUCGUUACGUGACAUGAUAAAGUGCAUACACAUUGGUUUGUUGUGCGUGCAAGAAAAUGCAGCUAACAGACCAACAAUGGCUUCGAUUCUCGUAAUGCUGAGUAGCUCAACCAUGACUCUGCCUGUACCUUCUGAGCCUGCGUUUUUUAUGGCUAGUCGUUUUGGUCCGAACACUUUACUCUUUCGUAACUACGAUGAUUCGAACUCGUCGGAUGUUAGCAAAGGAUUGAAGGCCAGAACAGCUAUGUCUGAAGGCUCGUCUGUAAAUGAUGUGACAGUUACCGAGUUAGAUCCUCGGUGAUUUUGGAAUAUUUUCUUAUUGUGAUAAGAUUGGUUUGUAUUAUGUUGGUUGUGGGUUUUGAACUACGCAUAUAGGCUAUAUUUGAAUCGCGGUUUCGUUUCGUUUUUUAUGUUGUGUGUGUUAAUAUUUCUGAAAUAAAGCUGUGAACUACACAAUAAUCUUGAUUUCAAGGC